CCAGAUCCCCCUCUCGCCUCUCGUCCUCCCCCCGGCCUCUCUCUCCUCGUCCUCCCGUCGGAAAAAUUUCCCCUUCCCACACCGCGUGAGGGUUUCGUCCUCGAAACCGGCCCAGGGUCCGCCCGCGAGUGCAUGGCAGUGAGCCUCCUGGCCAAUGACGUGUCGGACCUCUGCAUCGGCAAGCCGGCCGUGAGGUCGCUCCCGCUCUCCGCGGCCGCCGGCGACCUCGCCGCCACGGUCCGCAAGGGGCCCCGCGCCGCCGCCGCCGCCUGCAUCGCCGUCGGCCCGGCGCGCGGCGCCGUGGUGGGACGCGCCGGCCUCGCCGACGUCCUCUGCCUCCUCUGCUCCUCCCCCGACGCGCUCGCGCGCCCCGCCGCCGCGCUCGACCGGCCCGUCUCCGCGCUCCUGCCCAAGGACGGCGCCGGCGAGGUCCGCCGCGUAGAUCCCCGUUCCAGUGUCUUGGAAGCUCUUGAUGAGAUCUUGAGCGGCGCGCAGGUGCUCGCCGUCCCGCUGCGCUCGGGCGGCCGCAAGAAGCAGCUGGGCGGCGUCGCUGGCGUGACCGGUGACUUCUGCUGGCUCACGCAGGAGGACCUCGUCCGCUACUUCCUCAACUCCAUUUCUCUCUUCUACCAUGUCGCCGCCCGCUCCGUCUCCUCCCUCGGCCUCGUGCGCCCCGACUUCCUGUCGGUGCGGCCCGACGAGGCAGCCUUGUCCGCCGUCCCCCUCAUCCGCCGGGCCAUCGCCGCGGAGAACGCGGUCGCCGUGGUCAGCGCCGACGGCCACCUCGUCGGCGAGAUCUCCACGGCGCACCUCGCUGCCUGCGACGAGACGGCAGCCGCGGCCAUCGCCACGCUCUCGGCGGCCGACCUCAUGGCAUACAUCGACUACUUCGGCUCGCCGCCGGAGCACAUCCUGCGCGCCAUCAAGACCGGGCUCAAGGCCAAGGGCCUUGACGCCAUGCUUGAGCUGAUGGAGGAUGAGACGAUGACGUCGUUCUCCCUCUCUUCCUCGUCGUCAGACGACGACACCGGCCGGCCGCACCUGAGGCGCCCGUCGUCGGGGAGCUUUGGGCGCCGGUCGACCGAGGAGCCCGUGGUGUGCAGCCCCGCGAGCUCGCUGGUGGCCGUCAUGGUGCAGGCCCUCGCCCACCGCGUGAGCUACCUGUGGGUUCUCGACGAGGAGGACGACUGUCGUCUCGCCGGGAUCGUCACGUUCGCCGACAUCCUGAGGGUGUUCCGUGAGCAGCUGCAGUGAGGCGGAGAUGAAAAAAGGGCUUGGAGUUUUUGCAGUGGACCUGAACUCCGGAGAGGAUUUGCUGUUGGUAGAGCGCCGAGUUGCGCCUGCCUUGUUCGUUUCCUGUGAAAUGUGAUGAAGAAGAUCUGUUUUCUAAUUUGUUCUUUGUUGAGACAUGUUCCCAGUUUGCUGUGUUAUUUUUGUUUGCUUGGUGGUGAUGAACCUGAAGACUUGCUUAUGCUUCGAUGAUAAUAAAGCAGCAUCGUGCAUUUGAUGCUGUGGUACAA